ACAGCGUCAGUUGGACGGCAGCAGUCGAACCGUUCACAUCGUUGGGCAUCUCGUUCUCUGAAUGAUUGCGUCGAGUUUCGUGAAUUUCGUAGACUGAAAAUCAUUGAAACUCUUGUGUGCAAAAGAACCUAAAAAAAAAACGCAGUUUAACAUUUUGUUUGUCGUCUGCUGUUGAACAGUGCCAGUGUAUUUGUGAAAAUUAUUGUACGUGUUAAUUUCGAGUGAUUCGAAUCUGACAAUGUGAAAAAAAAAAAAAAUUGCGGAUGCCAUGCACAGAGAGAAAGAAAGAGUUGAAACAGCUGAAAGAGAUUUGAAGCUUGUCCUAGUUUUUCACCUGACUCUUUAUCAAUUAAAAGUGAUUGAAUGACUGAUUCGAGAACAAGAAGUGAGAAAGACUUGGUCAAGUGUUAACCUACUUAAACUCCUUUUUUUUUUUUUUCUUUCCCAUCGCCAUCAUAAAGAUAAUCAAUCAAUUUACAAAGAAAAAAAAAAAAAAAACGAAAGUUUUCCCGCAAUUUUUUGCACCAAUUUCGAUUCGACUGCUAUCGCCUUUGUUCCACGUGUUCUUUUGAAUCGUGUCGCGAUUAUUGCCAAAUCGGUUCGAUUCGCUUUUAUCGAUACAUCGGAUUAACAUCGGUGUCGAACCUCGUGCUUAUUUUUUUUUUUUUUUUUCCUGUCCAGUUUGCUGACCGGUUGACCGUCACACCCAUCGCACGAUUACCUUGUUUCGUUUUUAUCACGUCGUUUUUUUUUCUCUUUUGCCAAAAAGACUGGACCAAACAAUUGGAGCAACUCUAUUUGAUUAUCGAUAACGAGUUGAACUUGUAGCGUUGGCGGAGGGUAUGCCGAGAGGUCGCAGCGAAUCGAACAGCGAGAAGACUCAACAAGAGAUUGAGGAAUUUCCGAGAGCAACGCGCUAAAGGGGACGACAGCCCAAAGGGAGCUUGGGCUUUCUAACGGCCGUCAAAAAUACAACUGGCCACUUCGAGACUGACGCUUGAAAAACGUCGGUAGCACGUCGGGGACGCCAAGUAAAUGGAGUGCGCGGCACGAAGACCCUUUCGUCAAUUGGCAGUGGGCGGCGUGACGAUGUUUGCCGUUGCCGUAAUGAUGGCCACCACCGCCUUCGGCCCAGCCGCCGCCCUCGAUACAAGUCGAUGCGUCGGCGCCUUGGGCAUGGAAUCGGGAGCCAUCCGCGACGAGGACAUCGCCGCCAGCUCUUCGUUCGACGGUGCCAGCGUCGGCCCACACAAUGCCAGAGUGCGUGUGGAGCGGAACGGAGGAGCGUGGUGUCCGCGCCAACAAGCCACUCACCAGCCGCGCGACUGGCUCGAGAUCGACUUGAAGACCGACCACGUCAUCACGGCCGUCGAAACUCAAGGACGAUUCGGCAAUGGCCAAGGGCAGGAAUUUGCUGAGCACUUUCUGCUUGAAUACUGGAGGGAAUCGUUGGCUAAAUGGGUGCGUUACAAGGACACGAAAAGCGAAGAGGUAAUUGCAGGAAAUACCAAUACAUACGUGGCCGAGAAGCGUGAAUUGGAUCCGGUGUUGAUCGCCCGCAAGUUGCGAUUUUUCCCGUACAGCCAUCACAGGCGGACGGUUUGCAUGCGAGUCGAGAUUUAUGGCUGCCCUUGGUCUGAGGGCAUUGCCAGCUAUCAAAUGCCGCAGGGAGACCAGCGCGGGGCCGGCUGGCAGUUCUACGACGCUUCUUACGACGGCAUCUGGGACGGCUCUUUACUACGCCAGGGACUGGGCCAGCUGACUGACGGUAAACUCGGUCCCGACAACUUCAAAGCCAGCUACUACGACCAGGAUCGAGGCUGGGUCGGGUGGCGUAACGACUCGCGCAACGGCCAGCCCGUCGAGAUCGUCUUCGAGUUCGACACGGUCCGCGACUUCACAUCGCUCAGUAUCUUCGCCAAUAAUCAGUUUACCAAGGACGUCCAGAUCUUCUCCGAAAUGCAAGUGCAUUUCAGCGUUGGCGGACAAAUCUACCCGGGAGAGCCGAUUAUCUUCCGUCCGCCAGAGGACCGAAUUUUCGAGAAUUCACGGAACAUCAGCGUUAAGCUUCACCACCGAGUGGGCCGUUUCGUCAAACUGCGCUUGUCCUUCCCGGCGCCACCGGCCCGUUGGAUCCUCAUCAGCGAGGUCUCGUUCCGUUCAGAACCGGCCGCUAGGAAUUACACGACCGAAGUAGAUGGCAGUCCCGUCACUCCGCCAGCCGCCGCACCCAUUCCGCCCGUCUCCAAUUUGCCACUCCCGCCAAGCGGUCACGAAGUCGGCUCCAACGCCGGUUCGUCGGAUCAAACCAACGAAACGAGCCCACCAACCAGGGAGAACCAAACGUACAUGGCAAUCAUCGUCGGUGUUCUGGUGGCCGUCAGUUUCCUCCUAGCGGCUGCUAUUUUCUUCAUGAUAAUGCGAAGACGCCAACGCAAGAGCCUGUCCGGCAGUCCGCUACCAGACAAAGCCAAUUGGGCCUCUCAGGUCGGGAGUCAACCCAGUCCACGUCUGUUGGACGGCUCUGUCGGUGAGCAUCACGAAGAUCAAUUGUUGCAACACCAUCGUGGCAAAAUUUACAACAAGAACAACUCGCUGCCGUAUGGCAACAUUGGCGCCGACUUGUCGCGCUCGGACGCCGCCUCGCAAUACUUGCUGCCUCACUCGCCGGCCAGCGCCCAUUUGACUAGGACCGAGUACCAGGAGCCUUAUCACGCCCUGCGCUUCUCGCCUUAUUACAGUUACAGCACUCUGUUGCUGGCCGGAACUGAGGGCCCACUGAAAAAGACCAACACAUCCGCAGUUUCAGAUACGUACGACUAUGCCGUGCCGGAUGUUAGCGGGAUUAGCAGCUGCAGCACUGCCCAUCAACCCCUACUAAUCCAGCCAUCUCUACAAAAACAACAUCAUCCGCUUAAGCCCAAAUUGCCCGUCGCUUCGCCACCUCCGCACGCAAUCGAAAUCGACACUUUGGCCUCAUCUUCUCAUUCCACGACGACCACUGGCUCGACAUCCUCAGCGUCCGUCCGUCUAGGAGGCAGCAAGAACAACAAUCAAAUCGGCCACUUGAACGGCAUUAGCGAAUCCAGCCCAUUGAAAAAGCCCGCGGACCGUGCAGAAUUAUUGUCCGCUCUGAAAUCACGGGCCGAAUCGCUGAUCAUCCCGGAAUUACCACGUAGCAAAUUGCAUAUGGUCCAACGCAUCGCCAGUGGCGCGUUUGGUACCGUCUACAAGGCCGAAGCCGAACACAUUCCCGAGUAUGGUAGCGCCGUCUACACUUCACGGCGGCUGGUGGCCGCCAAAUACCUUCCCAAUACCUCCGACAAAGACAAAUCGGGAUUCUACCAGGAAGUGAGGCUACUGGCCGCUUUGGACGAUCCUCACCUGUCGCGCGUUCUGGGCGUUUGCACCGCUGAAGAGCCAUUUUGCGUCGUUCUAGAAUAUCUGGAAUUCGGCGAUCUGAACCAAUUUCUCAAAUUGCAUCGAUUCCGACCGGAUAGCCACCACAACUCGUCCGAUAGCCGCAAUAACAUAUCGAAAACGUUCUCUACCCCGGACGAAACGUUAACAAUGGGCAGCUUGAUAUUUAUUGCCUGUCAAAUCGCCUCCGGAAUGCGCUAUCUGGAAUCGCUAAAUUUCGUCCACCGCGAUUUGGCCGCCAGGAACUGUUUGGUAGGCAAGGGACUUCAGGUUAAAAUCUGCGAUUUCGGUACAGACAGCGACAUAUACGGAUUGGAUUAUUAUCGCACGGAGGAUCAGCUUAUCGGCUUACCUGUUCGCUGGAUGGCAUGGGAAUCCGUAAUACAGGGGAAAUAUACGACCAAGAGUGACGUGUGGGCAUUUGCAGUGACACUAUGGGAAAUACUGGUCCUUGCCCGGCAGCGUCCUUACCAAGAACUAAGCGACGAUACGGUUGUAGAUAAUUUGCAGCAUUUUGCACAAGGAAAUCUCACCAGUGCACCCCCUUGCGUCUCGCUGACCAGACCGCAGCACUGUCCUCGCGAUAUAUAUGAUCUGAUGUGCGAAUGCUGGCGGCGGUUGCCCACUGAACGGCCUUCCUUCCGCGAAAUCCAUCUUUUCCUGCAGCGCAAGAACCUCGGCUAUUCACCCACCGCAUAGUAACUCCCCUCGUUUAGAAAUUCACGUAUGUUGAAGUUCACGAACGCUGGUACAGUUCUGUCGUUCGUCUUAUUCUAUAUAUUGCUAUUAUAUUCACUUCCUGCAUAUCAACAGCGUCACAAAUCCUUCGUGAGAAAUGUAACGGUUGCUUCUGCUGUGAUAUGCACCAAUUCUGACUCGACCAUUGAUUCUAUUAUAAUUUAAUUUUUAUACGGAUGUAUGCAAACCACUUACUGUUUAGCUAGCUAUUUCAUUUUGAUUUAUUUUAAUCAGCUAGUCAAUUCGCCGCUUCAUUUCUGUUGGUUCCGUUAUCAUAUAAGGUGUCUUACAGUCUGGAAACAUGGGGUAAGUGUGGUUCUUAUUUCUAGGGUGCAACGAGCACCAACUGGUAUUUAAUAUAUAUAUAUAUAUAUAUAUAUAUAUAAAUAUAUAUCUUUAAACGUGAUCGAUUGUUUAAACUUUCGAGUUUACUUUAUUCGUACUAUAACGUCGUUUGUCGUCGCAAUGCAUUUUGUAUACAUAUCUUUUUUUUCGAGCAUCCCAACUGCUGCACUACUGUAGUGUUAAUAAAACGGUACUACCCAUU